GACACUUGGUUGACAUCGACGCUCUUCUCUUUCCGCCAUUUUCGCACUUCUUGGAGUGUCAUCGAAAAUAAUUCUGCUUCGUAUAUUCCACAUAAAACAGCCUAUACAUUUUAAAACAUUGCAGUGUUCAUAUAUCUAGCUGCGCUUUUAUUAUGAAGUAUUGUCUAACAAUAAUCAGAAAUCGAGUAAUCAUCGCAUAACCUAAAUAAUGGACGACGAUAUUUUCCCGGUAUUAUGCCCUUCCAACGCUAAGAAAACAUAUUCCAAGCCGUUCAAGAAGUUGUUGAAGACUCCAUCAGUGACUGAGGAUGUGGCUGAGACUCCUAAGCCGCCUCCAAAACCGUGCUAUCCUGGUGAACCAUUGACAACUAAGGUUGCCGUUGAAUAUUUGUUGAGUGGCAAAUUAAAGACAGAAGUAUGUCGUUACUGCCUCAAAAUAUCGCCUGCGUUGUCUGACCCGGAUCAGAUAAUGCAUGUAGCUGGCACAGGAGUGCUGUACAAAGUGUCUCUGAGACAAAUGAUAGCCAGUUUCUACCCCUAUAAGGCUAAUGAAGAUGAAAAAUAUCCAGAAAAAAUAUGCCAGAAAUGUGUAGACCGAGCUCUCAAUGCAUAUCUCUUUACGCAGCAGUGUGAGCAAGCUGAAAGAGCCUUGAAAAAUUGUUUUGAUGAUAUUGAUGAGAAAUUGAAACCAGCACACCAUAUCAUUAACAUAGAAACUGAAUCUUUGAGUAAAGAACCGGAUUGGAAUGAGUUUGAAUGCAAACGGUGCUGGCAAGUCCUUCCAGACAUGGAAUCAUUGUUGAACCAUGAUAAAACUCAUCCUAAAUCCAUGUGGUAUCAUUGUCGGCUCUGCGGCAAGUCUUUUGUUAAGCAAACCCAGUUAAAAAAGCAUUUUAACUUAAUACAUGUAAAAGGACAGGACGACAGUCCACAGGUAGACAAGAGUUUCCGAUGCCAAGAAUGUGGUAAUGUCACAGAUGAUUACGCACAACAUCUACAACACGUAGAAAAGCAUAAAUUCAAAACCGUAAUGCGGUAUAUGGUUGAACGGAAAACAGACCAACUAUGCUUGGUUUGCCUUAAGAAAAGUACUGAUUUGGUUAAUUUGGAUAAUGAAGUAUCCAUUCAUGGAACAUGUCCAGAGUUGAUUGGUGAUAAGUCACUGUAUACUGUGUUAUCGUCAACUUUACCUGAUCCUAAAUCAUACAAAUACCAAGAACUGCAUGUGCCCCAUACAGCCAAUAUUAUGACUAUUUCCAAAAGAAAAAGAAAACAUAAUGAAAUUCCUGAAACUAAGAUUGAAACUAUAUCUUACAAGCUAUCUUUACCUGAAAUAGUCUACAGAAACAAAUUCAAAACUGACGAUUUCUAUUAUUAUGUCUUCUGUGAACCAGAAGAUUCUACUCUUAAUGUAACUAAAAAACCAAAGAUUGUAGAAAUAGAUGAAUAUGAUUCUGUAAAAAACGAUAACAGGAAUCAGAAUGAAAAUAAUAAUAAAAUGGUAAUUGAUGAUGAAGCCAAAAAUAGUAAUAUUAAGGAUAAAUUGAAUGAUAAUGAUAAUGAAUUAAUAACUGAUAAUGAAUCAGAUCAAGGAUUGAUGAGCACAGAUGCUAAUAAGAACAAAAUGAGUGAUGAUGAUCUCUAUGAGUUAAUAGAAUCUGAUUCUAGCAUCGAAAGUCAUGACACAGAAUCCGUAGAUAGUUUUACAGAGGAUGCCAAUGACAAAUUUGAAUCUUAUGACAAUAACAAUAAAAUUGAUAGUGAAAUGGCUACAGAUGCUAAUCAAGAAGCUAAAAACGAUAAUCCGAGAUAUUUUGAUAAGACAUUGGAAAAGAAAUCUUAUAAAAAACUAGCACAGUUUAAAUUUGCAAAUCCUAUAAUUUUGGAAGCUAAUGAUAGUGGGAAUUUAGAAACUGGAUGCAACCCCGGAGACCCAGGCAAUAUUCUUAACACUGAAGAAAUAACCUUAAAUUCUGAUAAUAUCCCAAAAGUGAAGAAUAAUUUGUCUUGGAUAUUUUCUAAAACAUCUGAAUACAAAACUUUAACAAAUAUCGAAAUAAAUGAAACUAAAGACAACCCUACUAAAAAGUGCAAGAUUUGUUGGAUUUUCAAACCAAAUAAAUGUGAAAACUGCAAGAAGGUGAAUGAAAUUAAUCCUAAAACAGCUAUUGAAGAACAGCGAGAUUUAGGACAUAGUGCUACAAAGAAAAAUGAAUACAAUGCUAUGGAUAAUAAUAAUAUAAUCACUUCAAUAGAUAAAAACAAAAUGAUAGAAGAAAACCCAGAAAAUAGACCCAAUCAACACAAAAUAGAUAUGUGGCAAUGUGAAGUUUGUCUGAUAAAUAACACCAGAGACAGAUUCACUUGCGUCUGCUGUGAAUCAAAAAGAUUUAACGAAAAUGGCAACACCAAAAUCUUAUUUGGAUAUAACAAAACCUUUUUGCCAAUGAAACCUGAAAAGAAAGAGACCGAAAAACCAGAACCGAAACCAAUUAUAGAAGUUGAAAAGCCAUCUAUAGUACAGAGAGAAAAUGUGGCUUUACAACAGAAUAUUCAACUACAAUUUGUUGAUAAUAAAAAUAUAACCACUACCCAGAGCAUGGAUAUAGAAAUUGAGAUGGACAAACAUAUUUCAAACACAAUAAAUGAAGAAAUGGAAGUUGAAGAACUGUCUACGCCAUUUAUUCCAACAUUUAACCCAAUACCAAUGGACAUGUUGGCUCCAAACAUUGGGCCAUUUGUUAGAACCAACAUUCAGUUCAAUAUUGGUUCUACAACCACACAAUGUGCUAAAACUGGCAGAAAAAUCAAGAAAGCGAUGAACUACCUACACAACUUCAUUGGGACAAAAAUAUGCGAAAAGUGCCUUAAUCACGCUAUCACUUCAUAUGUUUUUAUAAAGCAAUUUCUUUUCACUAGGGAACGGUUAGAUCUAUGUGUUACUCUUAUGUUGAGGGACCUUAGUAAAAUAGAGCCUUCAGCCAACAUCUUCGUACAAGUUUCACCCCCGCCUAUAAUGGCUCCUAUAGAAGAUUUUGACGAAUUAAUAGAAGAAAACGAAUUUGUGGACGAAAGUAAACUUAAAAUAGACGUCUUAGAAGACGAAUUCCGACUGAAAACUGAAAGCGAAAGUGAGACUGAACCUGAAAUAAUACCUGAAACAAGCGAGCAAUCUAAAGAUACCGCGAAUGAUAUCGCAGUGAAUAUUCCAAUAGUACCAAUUGACAAUUUAGCUAGGACCGCAACUAAAACUUAUAUGAAGAAGAAAUUAGUUAAUGGUAUACAGAAUCAAAGCACUAAAUACUCCGUGGACGUGUGUAGAAGGUAG